GAAAGCUUCGGCAGUCGGUAGUGGUGUAGAUCACUGGGAGACUCUAAAAGGGUCCGGUUUUAAUUCUGUCUCUAAUCUCUGCAACAGCCGUGCUUUCUACGGCAGUUCAAGGUUGGGCUGAUUCCGCUGUUGAUUUUUGUAUUUUUCGCUCUCAAUCCUGACAGACAGGGGGGGGGGGGGGGAGGGCCGGAAAACAAUGUCCCUAGCUCCUUCGCAAUGGAAACCCUAGAGGAAAAAGUGGCUUCGGAUGGUCAAGCCUGAGAUCUCGGUAUAAAGAGGUGCUCAAAAAUGAAGACGCUGAUGCGACAUGGGCUGGCUGUGUCUUUAGCGCUCACCACCAUGUGCACUAGCUUGUUGCUCAUGUACGGCAGCAUCGGUGGGGGUGGAGGCGGCAGCGGCGGAGGCCAGAAAGAGCAAAGCCAGCAGCAGGUGGCGGCGGCCACAGCCACCGUGGAAUCCCAGAGCCCGCGCCCGCCAGGCGGCAGCGGCCAGCGACGCCUACCAGGAUUCCCCGCUCGCCCCUUGGAAGGCUAUAUCAGCGUCCUGGACCAUAAGCCUUUGAAAAUGCACUGUACAAGUUGUGCUCUGGUAUCAAGCUCAGGACACCUUUUGCGAAGCCAACAAGGCAGCAAGAUUGACCAGACAGAGUGUGUGAUACGAAUGAAUGAUGCACCCACACAGGGAUUUGGAAAAGAUGUUGGAAACAAGACAAGUUUACGAGUCAUAGCUCACUCCAGCAUUCAGAGGAUUUUGCGGAAUCGCAAUGAACUGUUAAAUAUGAGCCAAGGAACUGUAUUUAUCUUCUGGGGUCCCACCAUCUAUAUGAGGAGAGAUGGAAAAGGGUUAGUUUAUAAUAAUCUGCAACUGAUGAAUCAGAUUCUACCUCAAUUAAAAGUAUACAUGAUAUCUCGGCACAAGAUGCUUCAGUUUGAUGAUCUCUUCAAACGGGAAACUGGAAAAGACAGGAAGAUAUCCAACACUUGGCUUAGCACUGGAUGGUUCACAAUGAGUAUCGCAUUAGAGCUGUGUGACAGGAUAGACGUCUAUGGCAUGGUGCCACCAGAUUUCUGCAGGGAUCCCAAUCAUCCUUCAGUACCUUAUCAUUAUUAUGAACCUCUGGGACCUGAUGAAUGUACAAUGUACAUUUCACAUGAACGGGGAAGAAAGGGCAGUCAUCACCGCUUUAUCACAGAGAAACGUGUGUUUGAGAACUGGGCCCGGACAUUCAAUAUUCACUUUUUUCAGCCAGACUGGAAACCAGAAUCACUUACUAUAAAUCACGCUAAGAUUAAACUGGUGUUCUGAGAAAUGAAUGCACAAGGCUGCAAUCACAAUCACCAACUGUAUCAGACUUCAGGGGAUUGAACCUCAUAUCAUAGCAAGCCAACCUAAAAAGGAAGGUUAACAGGGUUUGCCGAUGAAAACUACAAUAUUCAGGAAGUUAUUGCAAAGGAAUACCUAAAAAGGACACCUGGUAUCCAGUUGUAUUGUAAUCAGAUAUUUUAACUUCCGUUCACCAAUAUGUGUAUGUGGUUUGUUAAAAAGAAG